CGCUGUAAGACUUUUGUUUUGAAGUGUCGUCAAACGCUUAUUUACCAGGAAAUGGAAUUCCGAAAUCAUUGCGCGAAAAUCAACGAAAUGACAGCACGAGUCAGAAUGGCUGAGAAUGGUGCACAGUUGGUAAGCAGACUAGAAGGACGACAGUCACUGAGGGACAUUGAACCCAAUAUGUUUCCUGUCGACGGUGGUCCAGGUCAAGGUGAUGUCGUAGAGUUCCAUGGCUUGGAGGGCACAGGAAAGACGGAAACCUUGUACCACCUCAUCACCCGCUGCAUCAUGCCCGUCCAGAGUGGAGGUCUGGAGGCGGCGGUGGUCUUCGUUGACACGGACUACCACUUUGAUAUGUUUCGUUUAGUGAGUGUUCUGGAGGCGCGUUUGGCUGAAGACUCUAGAGAGGGUGACGGCUCUGAAAACGAAUCCGAGGAAAGGAUACGUUCGUGUCUGCACAGGCUGUCCGUAGUGCACUGCAACAGCUCAGUGCAGCUACUCCUAAACCUGCACUACCUCGAAAACGCCUUUUCCAGCCAACCUUCCCUCUGCCUUUUGGUCAUCGACAGCAUUUCUUCUUUCUACUGGGUGGACAGAUUCAAUGGUGGCGAGAGCACUGUUUGUCAGGAGGCUAACCUGAGGAAGUGUGCUGAGUUUGUGGACAGACUCCGCAGAAACUAUGGCAUUGUGAUUUUUGCCACCACUCAUGCCAUAAUGAGGAACUAUGGAUCUGAUCCAGGGGUGUCAGAUGUGCCCGGCUCAUCAUCAUCAUCAUCUCGCAGGUGGAGGUCAGCCGAUAGUGCUACCGACUUUGACAAGCCGUACCUGUGCAAAGCAUGGCAGAAAAUAGUAACUCACAGGAUGCUGUUCACUAAAAGCCAUGUCUCAAAAGACCACAAGCAGGUUUUCUCCACAGCGUGUACCAGCAUAAUGACCAAAGGUGUCAAAAGAUGCUUGUUUCAUGUUACGGAGGACGGUAUUAAAUUUGUAUGUGACAAGUGAGCAAGUGAGCAGGACAUAUUUGCUUUUGGGUUGUCACACGAUUAGGAGGGCUACUUGGCGGACAAAAAUAAAAUAACUUUCCAAUUAUUGUCUAUCGGCGUGAUCAAUGCAAUACCUUUUCUGCUCCCUUAUCAAAAGCUGCUCUCUGUGCUGCGUUCGCUGGCUCUAAUGAGAACGUUCUUCGUUAAACCGGUCGCUGAAGCAUGUGUGGUAAACACUCCACAGAUUGGCUUACGUAACCUCGGUUAGGUGACGUCAUUUGAUUACGUGUACCUGGAGGUUAUAAAUAGGCAUGAAACGGAAUAGUCCUCAGGUCUUUUUGUCAUCAAGGACCGCAUUGUUGUGUGUGUGUGUGAGAAAGAGAGAGAGGAAGCUGAGUGAAACAACGUCUCCUCAAGCUCUUCCGCGUCUGGACGCGAUGGCACACACUUGGCCGCACUUUACGCGUUUCCUCCGAUAGCUCUGCUCCCGGGAGUCCUGGUGAAGGAUGCUGGGGCUUCCUCAACUAGAAGAACUCGUGCCCUCAGAAAGUUGGUGCAUGACGCAACAUGCAGACCCAGGUCACUGCCAAAUUGUUUGUGCUUUCUGCAAGCGAUUGUGGAUUGUGGCACGCACCCUGGUACUGUCAGAACUUACAUGGCCACCAUUUCGGCUUGCCAUGUUCUGAUCGAUGGGGGUUGCCCGCUUCAUUUGUGGAGCCAAGCAGAAAGAUAUUUCAAAUUAUUUACUAAUGCGUGUUUUCUGAGAUCAUCUCCUGGCGAGCCUUUAGAGAAAAGUCAGUUUUACAGAUUAUGAUUAGGCUUUAAUGAAAUUAGUUUUUUAUUUUUUCCAUUUUGGUUCCCAGAAUGUUCUCGGAACGUUCUCUUUUAGUUAGCCAAAAUAUUGGGCUUUAAAAAUUUUUAUUGACAUGCAUUAAAAGUGAAUAAAAUUUAUUUGACUAGCAUUACACUCAUUUCUUAUCACUUAAGGGUGCUUUUUUUUUUUUGCUUCGUAAACAAAUAACUUCUCGUUUAAUAUGUUCUCUUCAAUUAGACUGGUCAAAUAUCUCUGCAAUCACAAUACAUGCUCUCGAAUAUAUAUUUUAAGUAAUUAUUCAGUAGAAAGAUCGAUAAGCGUAUGUUAGUCAGUCAGUAAAAGGAAAUUCAGAUUGUGUUCCCUUGCCCUGUUGUUGCUUCCCAUGUAUAUACCCAUGUUUGUUUCUCCUUCCUGUUCUCGUUUGGCAUAGUGUUUCAUUGUGUCUGUUAAUUUUGUAGUUAAACCCUCAUUGUUUGCCCUACUUAAACCCUGGGUUUCUAGUGUCCUGUGUCGGGUGUCAAAUGUCUUCUACCCGUCUGUGUUCCAAUGAUUGUUCUAUUAAAGACUGUUUUGAGUUCAUUCCGUGUUUCCUCGUUCUAAGGAGAGCAAUAGCAAUGCCGACAAACACAAAUAAAAAAUAGCUUGUUGAAGAAACAUGUGACGGUGCAGAUCCACGGUUGCGCAGUAAAAAACCAUACAAAUCCAGUAUUUAUUAUAUGCUUUGACUACACUUAUGGUUUAAUUUCAGCUAUAAAAUUUAAUUAUAUUUUCAACAUGCGAUUUGACUGCAACUUCUACACUAUAAGCUUAUUUCGGACAUGAAAUUCUGCAAAAAUAGUUUAUGAUUCAAAAAUACUCAUUUAAGCAUUAAAAUAGUAACAGCCGACUGCGAAGUUUCGAAUAACCUGCAGGGAACGUUCUCUUUAGGUUAUUAAAAAACCUACAGGGAACGUUCCUAGAAUGUUCUUAUUUGGUUCGCAAAAAAAAAAAAAAUAACCAAAUUUCUUUCCUAUUUGUUCCUGUAUUUCUUUGGAUCUCAAACACUUUUUUUACACAGGGCCAUGUGGGUUUGGAUUUAGUUUUCCCUUCAUAAUAAAAACUUAAUUUAAAAAAUG